CUUUGGUCAUACCCCGACUGUCCGAUCCCCAUCCCUUUUCCACUGGCACACUUGUGCAAAAGCCGCCGCUUUCCUGCACACUAAGACGGAGGUGCACCUCAUCUGCCUGUACCGGGUGACCCCCCCAUGGCUCUCCACAAGCUCCACGCUACUCGCGGACGUCCGCUGAACGGUGUCCUCAAGCAAGUUUUCUCGCAAGCCGGCGCGCGUCACGAAUCUGCAGGCGGCGAUACGCCGGGGUCCUCUCGCGCGGCGACGCGCGUGCGAGCGGGUGUCCAGCAGGAGCAGGCGGAGCGGCAAGCGGGUCGGGUGAAGUCUCUCCGGGACAUGCCUGGACCCAGCGCCAUCGGCAACCUCGUCGAGCUCUUUUACCGAGAUGGCUUCAGCCGCAUCCACGAGAUACAGCUAAAACACAGUCAGAAGUAUGGGAGGAUCUUCAAGUCACGGUUUGGGCCACAGCUGGUCGUGUCAAUAGCGGACCGAGGUCUUGUGGCACAGGUUCUACGCGCCGAGGGUGCAGCCCCUCAGAGAGCCAACAUGGACUCGUGGAAAGAGUACAGAGAUAUGAGGGGCCAUUCCACUGGUCUGAUCUCAGCUGAAGCGGAUAAGUGGCUGAAGAUGCGCAGGGUGCUGCGUCAGUUGAUCAUGCGUCCGCGUCACGUCGCCGCGUUCUCCGACGACGUGAACGCGGUUGUGGCUGAUCUAGUGGAGAAAGUCCGCAAGCUUCGGCGGCAGCAGCGGGAUGGCCUCACCGUGCUCAACGUCAACGACCUGUUCUUUAACUAUGCCAUGGAGGGGGUGGCGUCCAUCUUGUACGAGACCCGUCUUGGCUGCUUGGAAGAUGAGAUCCCUGAGAUGAGCCAGGAGUACAUCAAGGCCCUCCACCUCAUGUUCAGCUCCUUCAAGACCACCAUGUACGCUGGUGCCAUCCCCAAGUGGCUGCGGCCCAUCGUGCCCAAGCCCUGGGAGGAGUUCUGCAGCUCCUGGGAUGGCCUCUUCAAGUUCAGCCAGAUCCACAUUGACAGGAAGUUGGGGGAGAUCAGGACGAAGCUUGAGAAAGGAGAGGAGGUGAAAGGUGGACUGCUCACCCACAUGCUGGUCACCAAGGAGAUGAACCUGGAAGAAAUUUAUGCCAACAUGACCGAAAUGCUGCUAGCUGGCGUGGACACUACGUCCUUCACCUUAUCAUGGAGCACAUACCUGUUGGCCAAACAUCCGAUGGUGCAAGAGCAGAUCUACGAGGAAGUGAGGCGUGUGCUGGCUGGGCGGGUCCCAACUGCUGAUGACAUUCCUCAGCUGCCACUCAUUAGGGGACUUGUCAAAGAGACCCUCAGACUGUACCCUGUUCUUCCUGGAAAUGGCCGUGUCACUCAGGAUGACAUCGUUGUGGAUGAUUACUUCAUCCCUAAAGGGACUCAGUUGGCUCUUUGUCAUUACUCCACUUCCAUGGAUGAGGAGACUUUCCCCAAAGCGGAUGAAUUCUGUCCAGACCGCUGGCUCCGCCAGGACGUUUUGGAGCGUGUAGACAACUUUGGCUCCAUUCCCUUUGGCUACGGCAUCCGGAGUUGCAUCGGCAGGAGAAUAGCAGAACUUGAGAUGUACUUGGCUCUCACACAGGUUCUUCAGAGGUUCUGCAUUGAGGUGUCUCCCCUGACGGGUGAAGUCCCUGCUAAGACCCACGGCCUGCUCUGCCCUGGAGCCCCGAUCAAUGUCAAGUUUGUUGACCGUGUGUAGGUCCUACCUUUCCUAAGUCCAUCAACUUGGUGGUUUUUAGCGAAGCUUCUCAGAAUGGCAGGAUGUGACGUUCACAUCCACUUUCUUUUAAAUCAAACCAACUCUUGACUCUAGGUGAUCUGCUCAUUUGUGAUCACUUGAAAAGAUGUGGUACAAAUAUUAGAAUAGAGAAAAAACUAAAACCCAAUGCUGUUUUUAAAUUUGGUGCAAAGACUAGAUGUCAAAAAUAUGAAAAAAACAAACAUGUGCUCUGACUGGCAAUUGAACUGCUGGGUUACAGUCAGAGAGCAGGAAUGGGGAGGUGGAACUGUGGCACUGCUUGGAACCUUUCUACUGCUUCCCAUCCAUUUCCAUGGAGGGCGCAAUGCAUCAUGGUGCGUUAUGAUCAUUAAUAAACAUCCAUAAUAACAGGAUAAUGGUGGCUGCGAUUCUGGUGCAAUAUACAAUCUAGCCCUUAAAUAAAAUUUUGUAUUAUGUGCGGCGUAAACUCUGAUGUCAAAGACAAGUGUUGGCAAACGUCUUUUAUAAAUAAUUAUAUUCACAUUUACGCAGCAAAAUGUGAAUCUUUUGGCCAAAAUAAUAACCAAAUUCUUUUUUAAAUUUCAGUUUUAUUUACCAAAUAAACAGAAGGGGGGGCGAGGGGGGUUGGAGUACUUAACAAUCGUCAAAUCUAUUACUAUUAUUCACUAUUGCUGAACUGUGGGGAUUUUGUUCCCUGCUAGGUAUGUUUGUACGAUACAGGGGAUCAGAGGUGUUGUAGCAGUGUCAGGAUGAAACGGUCUCUGUAUGAGGAAUAGUGUUGGUGUAGAAGUGUCGGGUAAAAACUUUGCAAAAUCUCUACUAGGGCAGUAAUGGAUUAUUUUAAUAAUUGUGUAUUCUAUCAGAAGUAAUACUUCUUGCUUGAUUUAAAGUAAUAGUAGAUGUACAAAACAGAAUAUGACAGAAACAAUUUGUUCAUUUUAAGAGAUCAAUCAGGACUUUUAGUAGUCGAGUUACUCAAGUUUCUCAAGUAAUCGUUUCAGCCCUAUUCUCUAUAUUGACAUUUUUGUUCUUAUAGGAUUAUUUUCUACUUCAUACUUCAAGGACUCGUAUUUCAAGGAUUGUAUUUAAAGAGGGCUUUAUUUCAAAUUAACAUGGGCUCUGCCAAGUUGGUGACAUUUUUCCAAAUAAGUGAAUUAUAUUGUAAGUGAAAAUAAUUAUUAGUCUUCUGAUUUUGAGGUGUGGAAAAGUGAGAAGUCCAGAUGUGCAGAUUGAAGUUUGGUGUGACUAGGUGGUAUACAUGCAAAGACAACAAAUGAAAAAUCCACCCUUGUGAAUUUCUGUGGUGUCUUCACUUUUGAACCAGACUGUCUGAGAGCAUUUAGGGAAACGUGUUGUGUUUGCGAUCCUGUGUAUGAAUGGCUGUUGACUGGUUUUGUGCAGACUGACUGACUGAUGCCUUCUCUUUGAAGCGGUGUCUGUAAAAUACUUUCCCUAAACAUUUUAACAUUUUAUAAUGUCUAGACUUAUCAAAUUUAGUGCCUGAGAAUUCGUACACAAUAAUGAAGACCGAACUGAGACGAGAUAUUAAACUUGUUUAUUGAUCAGUUGUUCUUUUUAUAGUGUGCAUCAAAUCUAAUGAUGUUUUCUAAUACAAAUGUAUGCUAAAAAUGUGAAACUGCCAUUCAUUAUA